CCUGUCACCAGGAUCCGCUCAGUCACCACCACCGCCGCCGCCCUCUUCCUCAGGCUCCUCUGUGCCCCUCCCACUUCUCCCACAACCAAUGAAAAGCGAGGUCGGAGGGCGACCGUCCUACGGAGGCCCGCAAUGGGCUUUUCCUGCUGGAAAGCGAAGCCGUGUUUUGGAAAUUGGUGGAAGCAGGGUUGGAAUGAGAGGAAUAAGGUUAAGAAGCUUCGAAAUAAACGCGGGCAACAUCCGGGUACCUGGGGCGUUGGCGCUGAGGCGCGCCUUCCAAUCCUGCGUUCUAGCACGCGGGGCCAUGUUGAAGUGCGGGAUGAACGGAAGUCAGGUGAAAGUAUUUGGGAAAGCGAUCCAAGCUCUGUCACGAGUGAGUGAAGAGCUGUGGCUAGACCCAUCAGAAAAAGGUCUUGCUCUAAGAUCUAUAAAUUCUUCUUCAUCGGCAUAUGGAUAUGUCCUGUUCUCUUCUAUGUUUUUUGAACAUUAUCAAUGGUCAACCUCGAAGAAAAUAAAUGACAAUGGCAAGUCGGUGUGUUUAAAUUGCAAAUUGGGAAUGAAGUCAAUUCUACCCAUCUUUAGAGGUCUGAAUUCCUUUGAAAGAAAUGUAGAGAUGUGCAAAAUAUUCACCGGAUCUGACAAGUGCAAAGUAGUUAUUCAGUUCUUCUGCAGACAUGGUAUUAAAAAAACUCAUAAUCUAUGUUUCCAAGAAAGUCGGCCUGUGCAAGUUAAUUUUACAAAGAAUAUGUGUUGCAAUACUCUAAUGAUUCAGCCAAGAUUACUGGCUGAGGCAAUGGUUCUUUUUUCGUCGAAUCAGGAGGAAGUUACUCUUGCUGUUUCUCCCCUGAAUUUGUGCUUGAAGAGCUCUCGUGGGGAGUCAUGGGAUUUGACCGAUUCUGUGUACAGCGAGAUGCUUAUUGACCCAGAUGAGUUUGACUUCUUUCAGAUUGGGUUGGAUACGGAAAUAACAUUUUGCUCCAAAGAACUGAAGGGGAUGCUGAUAUUUUCAGAAGCUACACGUGUUCCUAUAUCCAUUCAUUUUGAUUUUCCUGGGAAACCCGUGGCUGUGAGUAUUGUUGAUAUGCUCCUGGAAGGUAACUUCAUUUUGUCUACGUUAGCUGACGACCCGAGCGGGGCAUGUUCCCCGCAGUCACUGUAUCUCUCCCAAGGAGGAAAAAGGUCAGAUUGGCGACCGUCAGAGUCACAGGCUGGCAAGAGGGGAGCUCCUCAGGCCCCCGAGUGUAUCUCGAGAAAAACAGUUCCCAAAAGGCUCUGUCCUCGGGGUUCUCCCACGAAGGACGCGGCGGUGAGAGACCAUGGCCACCUCCAGACAAAGAGGGCCGACCUGGACGACGUCUGUGAGGUGCCCAGAAGCCGUGUUGGUGACACGGACGACGAGCCGAACUCUUCUUCCCCCAUGAAGGAACUCUGAAAAUGGCCUACUACAGCCUCUGUUUACAUCCAUCACAGGAGAGACGCAAUCUGCUAAGAUAACUUCGGCCUGAUGGGAAAGUUACAUGCCUCUAUCACGAUCCUAAUUUGGACAAACAUAUCCAAUGUUUUGAAACUAGGAAUAGCCCUGUAUCCUAAUCUGCCAAACAGCUAUGGCAUGUGCUUUUUUCUAUUUUAACAUUUCUUGGAGGGCUAAGAAGUGCUCUACAUGUCAUAAUAUUACGUCAGCAAGAACCUGACCAAGCCCACUAGCUCUGAGAUGCUAGCACCAACAUGUCGUCGGGACUGGCCGGCUCCCAGACUCACACCACGCAGCAGACAGAAGGACUCUUCAAUCCAGGGCAGUUUCACGUUGCUUCCCUUUUCAAAAUCUGCUGUGGCAAUUUGGCAGGCAAAUACUGUCAAUGAGUCCCACAGAGCCAGGGGAAGGGAGAAGCGAAAUGUCAGACGCGUGAAGGGCAGAAAGUUAAACCACUAGGAAUGUGUGGGCCUCCGCGCGGCGCUGGGGAGGGCGCUAGGGCUCAGGGCCAAGCAGCAAUAAAGCCUUCAGGUUCCGCCUCCCCUGCA